AUGGAGAGCAGUGGGAACACAGUGAGUAACCUGAUAUUUAUUCUACCUCCAGUCUAUGGUGCGAUUCAGACCUAUAAAGAUGGCCUUGAAAAACGGUAUUUAGCUGCCUAUUUGUGUCUUACAGCUGUGGGAUUGGGAUCUUGGUGCUUCCACAUGACCCUGAAGUAUGAAAUGCAGCUGUUGGAUGAACUGCCAAUGAUAUACAGUUGUUGUGUGUUUGUCUACUGCCUGUACGAAUGUUUCAAGUACAAGAACACAGUCAAUUAUCCGCUGCUUUUCUUGUUAAUAAUAUACAGCUUUGUAGUCAGCAUAGUUUACUUAAAUUUGAAAGAGCCUGUAUUCCAUCAG